AUGCGCUGGACUCUAGACGAUGAAGGAAACCGCGUCAAACGACCACUUCUCCCAGACUGGGCACAAGGAAACGACCCUCAUGACUGCGCCACCUCUUCUGAUGAUCCCAAAAAUCCCGAUGAUACUUCGCACCGGAAAGAGAAAGCCGAGAGGGUCGCUCGCCUCCUGAAAGUGAUGCACGAGGAUCAUCUUGAACCCGAACUGGAUCGUGUUCGGUUACAAUUUAUUCGCCACUUAGUUGAGUUGAGUGACAAUGAUUCCAACGACACCACGGCCGAUGCUGAGAACGAAGUCAUCGAGGAUCAGAGACAAGCUGAGAACAAGAACAUCGGCGCCCACAAGGUCUAG